UCAUCCGCUUCGCUUCUGGACGCAGUUUCAUUUUCCAUCGUCGGAACCAUCAGCAGUGAAAUGGCAUCCCCAUUGGAGAAUCUAGAAAAUCACCUGGAAAUGUUCAUCGAAAACGUGCGCCAGAUCCGGAUCAUCGUUAGCGACUUUCAACCGCAGGGCCAGAACGUGCUGAACCAAAAGAUCCAAUCGCUGGUAACAGGAUUGCAGGAAAUUGACAAACUCAAGAACCAAGUGGACGUGAAUGUACCGCUGGAAGUGUUCGACUACAUCGAUCAGGGCCGAAAUCCUCAGCUCUACACCAAGGACUGCAUCGACAAGGCACUGACCAAGAACGAAGAGGUCAAGGGCAAGAUCGAUUCCUAUCGGAAGUUUAAGAGCAACUUGCUGAAAGAGCUGGACGAUACCUUCCCGACCGAGAUAGCCAAGUACAAGGCGAUUCGGGGGGAUGAAUAGUAUUAGGAAACGGAAGGGGGUUCCGGUAGGUUUAGGUGGAAUUUAUUUAAUUU